AUGCCUUAUGACACUAAGGAAGAGAUUCUGGCCCUUGGGACCAUGGAUCCUGAGCUGAAAGCUCUGCUCGAAACCAAUCCUCCUCCUCCCAUGACAUUCACAACGAUGCAGGCUCUAAGAGAAGACGUCAAAACCCGCACAUUACAAGCCGUUGCUGCACUUGGUCCUCCACCUCCUUCCGUCAAGCAGACUGAUAUCAGCUAUAAAACCACAGAUGGCACAGAGCUGCGCGCCCGGCUCUACCAACCCACAUCACCGGCAGACGAUGGCAGCCCAUUGAUUGUGAUGUUCUAUGGGGGUGGCUUCUGCUUGGGGAUCCCCGAGUCUGAAGAAAAGGCAUGUCGAGAGUUUGUACAAGCAUAUAACGCUGUGUGCGUUGCGCCUGCGUACCGACUGGCACCCGAGUUCCCUUUUCCCCAAGGUCCCAAGGACGCGUGGGACGCUCUCAAAUGGGCCGCGGAAAGCGCACCCUCAUGGGGCGCUGAUCCCUCCAAGGGUUUCAUCGUCGGAGGGACAUCGGCGGGCGGCAACCUCGCCUGUGUCGUAACGCAUCUCGCGCGCGAUGAAGGCCUGACGCCGCCUCUAACAGGGCACUACCUCUGCAUUGCUGGGCUGGUGCCUCCAUCCCGAAUGCCCGAGAAGUACAAGAAGUGGGCGUACAGCUACGAGCAGAACAAGGCGGACUCGAUCAACGGACAGGCCGUGAUCGACAUCUUCACAGCUGCGUAUCAGCCCGAUCUUGACGACGGCGUCUACAACGGUCCUCUGAUCCACCCCAAGGGCCACGCGGGCUUGCCACCGGUGUUCUUACAAGUGAACGGGGCGGAUACCUUGCGUGACGACUCCCUGAUAUAUGAAAGGAUAUUGCGUGAAGAGCACGGGAUCAAGACGAAACUGGUCGUCUAUCCCGGUCUGCCACACGCACAUUGGGCUUUCUUCCCUUCGCUAAAAGCCAGUGCCCAGUUCUGGCAGGACCAGCUCGAGGGGAUGGGAUGGCUGUUGGGGAGGACGCCUGCCACGGCCAAAAUCUAG